AUGAAGGGCAUCAUUCUCGAAAAGCCAGGCGGGGAGUACUUACUCUCCGACUCUGUUGCCAAACCAACCCCCGGCAAGAACCAAAUCCUCGUCAAGUCCCUAGUUACAGGACUGAAUCCAGUUGAAGGCAUCCAGCAACAAGGGAUGUUGGUGACAGCCUGGCCGAUUGUCCUCGGAUGCGAUGCCUCUGGCAUUGUUGUGGCCGUUGGAGAGGAUGUGAAGAAAUUCAAGCAGGGUGAUGGCGUGUUCGGUUGCACGAGGCUUGGUGAGCCUGGCUAUGGCACAUUUCAGGAAUAUUUCUUGAUGGAUGAACAUAUUACGUUCAAGACGCCGGCCAAUAUAACCUCCGUGCAAGCUGCCACGAUCGGUGUUGGACUAUUGACGGCUUCCAUGGGUCUUGUCAGUGGAACGAAGAUGCCCUUGGAGGCUCAACCCCAGAAGAGUGCUGAAGACUCUGAAUGGGUCGUUAUUUUUGGAGCAGCUGGCUCCGUUGGCCAAUACGGUGUGCAGCUGGUUGAAGGCUUAGGUGCAGAUGCUACUUUGAGCCACAGAAUCCCAGUUGCGGAACAGCUACAAGGGAUAGCAACCAUCACCGGCGGUAAAUUCUCUCGUGUCUUUGACGCGAGUGCAAUGGCAGGGGAUACAGGCAUGCAAGCACUUGCCGACCAAAGCAGCAUCUCAGAUUCCGCCAAAUAUUUUACCACAACGAAUGAUUGGGCUCCUGUGGAGCCUAGAAAGGGAGUGGAAAUACACCUCAUAACCUUGGGGCUCAUCGGAAAAUCAGGAGGUGUAAGCGAGGAAACCGUGAACAAGGACAUCGAGACCUAUAUCCCAAAACUAGAACAGUUUCUAGAGAGCGGGGUUGUGAAACCGAAUGAGUAUGAGCAAGUAGGAGAUAUUGGAGUUGAGGAGGUAUUGAAAGGUCUAGGGGCUUUCAAGACUCGCAAAAAUGACGGAAAGAAAUUGGUCGUAAGGGUGUCUGCAGAUUAG